AUGCCCCGUCCUGGAAAGAACUCAUACAGUGACCAGAAGCCCCCUUACUCCUACAUAUCACUGACAGCGAUGGCUAUCCAGAACUCAACCGAAAAGAUGCUGCCCCUGAGUGACAUUUAUAAGUUCAUCAUGGACCGGUUUCCUUAUUAUCGAGAGAACACCCAGAGGUGGCAGAAUUCCCUGCGACACAACCUCUCGUUCAACGACUGCUUCAUCAAGAUCCCUCGGCGGCCUGAUCAACCCGGGAAAGGCAGUUUCUGGGCUCUGCACCCGGACUGCGGUGACAUGUUCGAGAAUGGCAGCUUUCUGCGGAGACGGAAGCGCUUCAAGGUGCUGCGCGCCGAGCACAUGGCCUGCAAGAGCUCCCCGAUGAUGCAUUACUUUCACCACCACCACCACCACCACCCGGGCGGCAAGCUGGGCGCAGCGUCCGGCCACCACGAGCACCCAGCCGGGCCAGCGAGCACCGUGGGUCGGCUGCCUCACUUUCAGGGUUACGGGGGCAUUGCUUGCGCGCAGCCCGGCGGGUUUAAACACCCGUUCGCCAUCGAGAACAUAAUCGGACGGGACUACAAAGGUGUGAUGGCCAGCGGGCUGCCCCUCACCUCUGUCAUGCACCACCUGGGUUACCCGGUGCCUCCGCAGCUCAGCAGCGUGGUCAACUCCAUGUGGCCGCACGUCGGGAUGCUGUCAGAGUCCAUGGGUGGCGUGUCCAUGCCCGCCUCAUCCGAGUACGCGCCCUUCAGCGUGUCAGCAAAGGGCCUGUACCACAACGCCAACGGGCAAACCCUGCCCGCCGUUCCCGUGCCAAUAAAACCCACCCCGUCCCUGGGUCCCGUGCCGGGCUUGACCGGGCUGCAGUCCGGCCCGGCACAGCUCUGCUCACCGACCUCAGCAAUGGAGAAGAGUGAUCUGCUGGAGGGGAAAGGCAACCACUUACACCCGGCUCUCCUGCUGUCCUAACCGGGUAAAAUUCCUUUUUGACAAGUAACGCAAACAAGGUGGACAUUGUUGUUGCGUAAAAGAAGAGAAAGCAGACAUCUGAGUGGUGAAGAGCAGCUGUAGGAGAGUUGUAAAAAACUAAGGUUAACAUUGUACUGUGUGAUGAAUUUUUCAGUAGACCCAUGUUGAUUGAAAUCAUAAUUUAUUUGCACAAUUUGUGAGGGCAUUUACCACAUAUUGUAAUGUGGCUCUGAUAAAUACAAUCAGAUUAGUAUACGCUAAACCCAAAGAGAGAUUUGAUUUAGGAGACAAACAUCUAAAAUUCUUUCUGAAUGCAAACCAACAACUCUGUUGAUUUUUUUGUUGCUCUUAUUCUAUUUAUUUUAUUUUAAUC